AUGGUGAACACACGCCGAACCGUAUCCGCGGCUUCCCCUGAACAUGCUAUUCCCGACCCGACGAGUCCAACUCAGGGGAUAGUAUCCAACGAUAUCGAAAACGAAGAACGAGAAGUGAAUGCCCGUAUCCAAAGGCUAGAAAAACUCAAGGCAGAUCGUGAACGUCUUGACGCUCUCCACGCCGAGCUGUCAGUGCCUAUUUUAACAGCGUAUCCUUUGCCGACCGUGGAGAAUUCAUUCAGCAACCUCGACCGCCCGAAUAAGGAUCAUGAUAUCAAAAUCGAAGAUCUCUCUAACUUUAAUAAUCGACUCUCCAUUCAAAAACGCCACCAAUGGCUGGUCAACCUGGAACUUGCUUUUCAAGCCGGUCCGAACCGUUACAGCAAUGAUGCAAAACGAAUAUUGGGUGCACUCCGAUUUAUGGACGCACCAUCUACAUGCGAAGUCUUCGAAGAAUGGACCCUCUCCUUGAUUCAAAACACGACAAGUCUUCGUGCAGACAUUCGUGAUGAAAUUGAAAGAGCUCACCAGUUAUCCUACCAAGACCUCUAUGCGAGAGAGCAGCAUCUCACCCGUGAGACAGAGGAUCAUCGUGCCCUUAAUUUCUUUUCCAAACUUCAGGAUGACCUAAAGAAGAAAAUCAACCGACACAUAUUGCAACCCCCCAGUAUCCGAAUCACCAAAAACAAUCAAGAUCGAACGGGUACCGCCGCAAUUUCCGGAAUAAUGGAGGGCAAUCACGACAGGAUCAACCUCGGAACCCUACCGGAUCGAACGGGAAACCAAUGCAAUGCCGAAUAUGUCAAAGUAUUCAUCACUUCGCUCGACGAUGUUUUCAAGGCCAGCGUGUCAUCCAAGAAACGCGUACUGCAGGAAAAGGGGUGGAGUCGUGAGAGAACCCCCCUCUCCGACUUUACCACCUUCUGUGAGGACGGCAACGAGAGUCUGUACAUCUCUUAA